GCCGUCUAUGAGUCACUUUCUUUCUACACGCUGAAUAGAAAAUGUCUGGAAGAGGAAAAACCGGAGGUAAAGCCAGAGCGAAGGCCAAGACCCGCUCCUCUCGUGCCGGGCUCCAGUUCCCCGUCGGCCGUGUCCACAGGCUGCUCCGCAAAGGGAACUACGCUCAGCGGGUCGGCGCCGGAGCUCCGGUGUAUCUGGCGGCCGUGCUGGAGUACCUGACCGCUGAGAUCCUGGAGCUGGCUGGAAACGCUGCCCGCGACAACAAGAAGACCCGUAUCAUCCCCCGCCAUCUGCAGCUGGCCGUCCGCAACGACGAGGAGCUCAACAAGCUGCUGGGCGGAGUGACCAUCGCUCAGGGCGGCGUGCUGCCCAACAUCCAGGCCGUCCUGCUGCCCAAGAAGACCGAGAAGCCCGCUAAGAAGUAAACACCUGGAACCGGCUUCAACCAAACCAACAACGGCUCUUUUAAGAGCCACACACAUCCAACUAAAGAGAAAUCCUUCUACUAGAGUGUCUGUCUGUAAAUGUUAAUUAUAGUUUUGAAUUAUCCUUUUUACAAAAUGUAUCUACAAAAACACUUAUAGUUUAUAUUUUCGGGUCGCAUAUUAAACUUUUAAGCAAGUUUAGCUAAAUUUAACCACAUAAAUCCCACACUUGCCUGUAAAUGCAAGCAUACCACCACUGGAAAAAUGUGUUAAUAGACAUUUACACCUAAUAAUAGUAAAUUCAAUUAUGGUUAAAAUGGCAAAUACGCUACUAACAGCCUAUGCAACACAAAAAAUACUCACACAGACACACCAGUAGGAUACUGUAACUAAAUUGAUGAAAACAACAAAGUUAAUUUAACCAGCAUCUCUAUUUCUAAUAUUCAAAUGCAUUUAGCUAAAUGGAUCCCUAUUCCUGAGUGAUACACAAUUUAUUUCAGUGUAAUGACAAAAGUCAUUCCUGAUUUUGUUUCCAGUUAUAAAUGUUGGCCUUUUGAAUUUUGUAAAAAAGUUAAUGUUUCCCAUCUUGCCUGGAAGACACGAUGCUCUUGGUCCACUUUUCUUUUUUGGGGCUGAUUAUGCCUCUCUUCACACCGAAAGCGAGACUGAACCGUCCCAAUGUCCGGAGAAUCUCAUGUUGGACAUCGUACAGUUGAUUUGUUACAACAGCUUAACAUUCUCCACUUUGUAAAGCAUCUUUGAGUUCCAUGUAAAGCGCUAUAUAAAACUUAUGUAUUAUUAUUA